GGCGGGCGGGGGUGGAGCCGGAGCCCCAGCCCCAGCGGAGCCCGCAGGCGGAGGCCGCACUCGCGCUGGGAGGCUGCUCGUUGCUCUCGAUUCUCUGCGGAGGGCCCUAGAAAGAGUGUACAAUGAAUGGUGAUACUCGGGCUGCAGUGGUGACCUCACCACCCCCAACCACAGCUCCCCACAAGGAGAGGUACUUCGACAGAGUGGAUGAGAACAAUCCAGAAUACUUGCGGGAGAGGAACAUGGCACCAGAUCUUCGCCAGGACUUCAAUAUGAUGGAACAGAAGAAGAGGGUGUCCAUGAUUCUGCAAAGCCCUGCUUUCUGUGAAGAGUUGGAGUCAAUGAUACAAGAACAAUUUAAAAAGGGGAAGAACCCCACAGGCCUAUUGGCAUUGCAGCAGAUUGCAGAUUUCAUGACCACCAAUGUACCAAAUGUCUACCCAGCAGCUCCACAAGGAGGGAUGGCCGCCUUAAACAUGAGUCUUGGUAUGGUGACUCCUGUGAAUGACCUCAGAGGAUCGGACUCCAUUGCUUAUGACAAAGGGGAGAAACUGCUGCGGUGUAAACUGGCAGCGUUUUACAGGCUGGCAGAUCUCUUUGGGUGGUCCCAGCUCAUCUACAAUCACAUCACGACCAGAGUGAACUCGGAGCAGGAGCACUUCCUCAUUGUACCUUUUGGACUUCUUUACAGUGAAGUGACUGCAUCCAGCCUGGUUAAGAUAAAUCUACAAGGAGAUAUCGUGGAUCGUGGAAGUACUAACCUAGGAGUGAACCAAGCUGGCUUCACAUUGCAUUCUGCAAUCUAUGCUGCACGGCCAGAUGUUAAGUGUGUUGUGCACAUUCACACCCCAGCAGGAGCUGCGGUCUCUGCCAUGAAGUGCGGCCUCUUGCCCAUCUCCCCAGAAGCACUUUCCCUUGGAGAAGUGGCUUAUCAUGACUAUCAUGGCAUUCUGGUUGAUGAAGAGGAAAAGGUUUUGAUUCAGAAAAAUCUGGGGCCCAGAAGUAAGGUUCUCAUUCUCCGGAAUCACGGGCUCGUGUCAGUGGGAGAGAGCGUGGAGGAGGCUUUCUAUUACAUCCAUAACCUCGUGGUUGCGUGUGAAAUCCAGGUUCGGACGCUGGCCAGUGCAGGAGGGCCAGACAAUUUAGUACUGCUGGAUCCCGGGAAGUACAAGGCCAAAUCCCGUGCUCCAGGGUCUCCGGCGGGGGAAGGCACUGCAUCACCUCCCAAGUGGCAGAUUGGAGAGCAGGAAUUUGAAGCCCUCAUGCGGAUGCUUGAUAAUCUGGGCUACAGGACUGGCUAUCCCUAUCGAUACCCUGCUCUAAGAGAGAAAUCUAAAAAAUACAGCGAUGUGGAGGUUCCUGCUAGUGUCACUGGUUACUCUUUUGCUAGUGACGGUGAUUCGGGCACUAGCUCCCCUCUCAGACACAGUUUUCAGAAGCAGCAGCGAGAGAAGACAAGAUGGCUGAACUCUGGCCGGGGUGACGAAGCUUCUGAGGAAGGGCAGAAUGGAAGCAGUCCCAAGUCGAAGACUAAGUGGACUAAAGAGGAUGGACCUAGAACUUCCACCUCUGCUGUCCCUAACCUGUUUGUCCCAUUGAACACUAACCCAAAAGAGGUCCAGGAGAUGAGGAACAAGAUCCGAGAGCAGAACUUGCAGGACAUUAAGACUGCUGGCCCUCAGUCCCAGGUUUUGUGUGGUGUGGUGAUGGACAGAAGCCUCGUCCAGGGGGAGCUGGUGACGGCCUCCAAGGCCAUCAUUGAGAAGGAGUACCAGCCCCACGUCAUCGUGAGCACCACGGGCCCCAACCCCUUCAACACACUCACAGACCGCGAGCUGGAGGAGUACCGCAGGGAGGUGGAGCGGAAGCAGAAGGGCUCUGAAGACAAUCUGGAUGAGGCGAGAGAGCAGAAGGAAGAGAGCCUUCCAGACCAGUCGGCUGUGCCCCACACUCCCCCCAGCACCCCUGUCAAGCUUGAAGAAGACCUCCUGCAGGAGCCGGCUCCCGGAGACGACAGCGAUGCUGCCACCUUCAAGCCGAUGCUACCUGACCUGUCCCCCGACGAGCCUUCAGAAGCACUUGGCUUCUCGACUCUAGAGGAGGAGGAAGCCCAGGGUCCCCCAAGCCCUACCCCAGACCCCGCUGCUGACCCUGAGCCAGCCUCAGCCCCAGUAGCUGAGGAGACGGCCCCCCCAGCUGCCGAGGAGGGGUCUGCUGUGGAUCCCGGCAGCGACGGGUCUCCAGGCAAGUCCCCGUCUAAGAAGAAGAAGAAGUUCCGCACUCCUUCCUUCCUGAAGAAGAGCAAGAAGAGGGGCGACUCCUGAAGGCCCGGCCUGCACUGUUCUGUCUGAAGCAGCCCUGAAUCUGCCAGAGUCCCUGGUUAUGUCUGUGUUCUGUCCUCUUGUGUAAUGGAAUGCGAAAAGCCAAGCCCUCUACCUAGCUAGGCCCCUCCUGCCUGUGCCCAGCCCCAUGCAGACCGGUGCUGACCGCCCACGUGUGCACUCUGCCCCCCACCCCCCCCACCCGCCUCCACCUCGGGUUCUGGGGGAGAUGGGCCUCUAAAUCAUGGUCCUGGCUGGAACUGGAAGGCACCAGAGGCUUCUACCAGCUCUGGCACUGUCCCCCUGGGCCUUGACCACGUCAUCCUUCCUGUUGUGAAAUAACUCUCUGCUCGGCUUCCUCUUCACCCCAAGGUGUCUCAGGUGACUGAAUCCAACUUGUGGUUUUUGCUGGUGUCACCUGCUCAGUGACCCCCCUCUUUCCUGCACACAGCCUUGGUGCUGUGCAGCACUCCUGUGCCCACCCCGUGGCCCCAGGGCUGCCUUGAAGAGGUGGGUUUGGGCAGGAUGCUGGGCCUGCACAUGCCCAGUGCUAUGCUCCCUAUGGGCUGAUGGACAGCCCCCACCAUAACCAGAUUCACAGGGAAGGGGAUGCCCAGAGGGGAGAAGAGUCUUUUCUUUUGGCAGGUUUGCAAUUUAGCUUCCUUUUUCACUAAAUGUGAACAGAUCACUUUAGUUUUCUUUCUGGAGCCUCUGGCAGACUGCAGGGAGCACUGCCUGCCUGUGUGGGGGUUCAGAACUGAUGGCAGGCUGUUCCCACCCUAACUCGGCCUACAAGAUGCCCAGGUUCUGAUGAAAGUGAACUCAAGACAGAAGUCUUGACUCGGUGGCCUCUUGCACCCUUCUCUCCUCUGUCAAUACUGCUGUGAAUCUUCACUCAACUCAUCCCUGGAAAAGGGCUGGAGGCUGCUCAGGGGGUGGCUAGAUAAGUCCUCAAAGGUGCCAGGAGCUGUGGGGCGCCUGCCAGGGGGCCCAGAGGUGUCCCACCAGGGAGCGGCGGGUAGCACCGGUGCCACAUCUUCAGCAUGGUGGGCUGAACGCCCACAACCCCACCAACACCGUGCCUGAGCGGGACCCGAGGCUGGUGGCAGGGUGGCCCAGGGCCUGCUGCCAAGGUGGCAUAUAGUUUCCCACCUUCGUCCUGGACCCUGCCUUUUGUCCCUCCUCACCCCCUCCCCCUGCCCCAUAUACGCAGUGACCUUCAGUUUUCACUUUUGUAGUCUAAUUCUUUGUAUCACAACAUGAAACGUAGUUGCACUCACGAUGCAGACGCCUGUGUGUCCUUUCCUCAUUGUAACAUGUUUUACUCACAAAUAAACUCUUGAAGCAGUUUC